AUGGGUGAAGCUUUCUCUUCGCAUGGUGAGGCUGAUGCUGUAGGGCUGAUGACAGGCGAUGUCACCAUCAAUCCCAAUGCAAACUGCAUUGUCAUGACUACAGAGAUCCUUCGCAGCAUGCUCUAUAGGGGGUCUUUGCUGUUGCGAGAAGUGGCUUGGGUGGUGUUUGACGAAGUCCAUUACAUGCAGGACAAGGAGAGGGGCGUUGUGUGGGAGGAAACAAUCAUUGUGCUGCCCAAGGAAGUAAAAAUGGUAUUCUUGUCGGCCACACUGUCCAAUGCUGGCGAGUUUGCAGGCUGGGUUGCUCAUUUGCACAAGCAGCCCUGCCACGUGGUCAACACAGACUUUAGACCAACGCCAUUGAGACAUUAUGGAUUUCCGCUUGGGGGCACUGGGUUAUACAAUUUGAAGGGUGAAGAUGGCAUCUUCAGGGGGACCAACUUCAGAAACCUGAGGGACUCUUUUGAAAACAUUGGGAAAAAGAUCGGUGGGGAUGGGCAGCGAAGUGGGGAUGGUCGAUGUGGUAGGGACAGAGGGAGCAGACGCAUCAGCAAACAAGAGUUGAUGGACACCAAAAUGAAGAAUGUGCAGGAGAUAACAAGAAUCAUGAAGCUGCUCAAAGACAAAGAUUUCAUCCCUGCGAUAGUGUUCAGUUUUAGCAAAAGAGAGACAGAAUUGAAUGCAAUGGAGAUAGCCAACACCAACUUUAAUACGGAGGAGGAGAGUGCCAAAAUACGCGAGGUGUGCACAAACGCCCUGUCCUGCCUGAGCGAGAACGAUAGGGAUCUGCCAGCAGUGCAACACUUGUUACCAAUAUUGGAGAAGGGUGUUGGUGUCCACCAUGCUGGGCUGCUGCCCAUCCUGAAGGAGAUAACAGAGAUUCUGUUCCAAGAGCACCUAGUGAAGGUGCUGUGUGCCACGGAGACAUUUGCAAUGGGCGUGAACAUGCCUGCAAGGGCUGUAAUAUUCUCAUCACUCCGGAAGUUUGAUGGCAAAGAAGAACGGUACAUCAAGUCUGGUGAAUACAUUCAGAUGAGUGGGCGGGCAGGCCGAAGAGGCAUCGAUGACCGUGGAUACGUAAUUCUCAUGAUUGAUGAGCAGCUUGAUGAAGAGACAUGCAGGUCCAUGCUCCUUGGAGAGCCUGCUCCCUUGAAGAGUUCAUUCAGGCUGAGCUACUACACCCUCUUGAACCUGAUGCGCCGUGUGGAGGGGACACAGCAGUCAAUGGAUGAUGUAAUAAAGCUGUCAUUUCAGCAGUACCAGCAUGACCGAAACGUUCCCAAGAUGGAGCAGGAGCUUAAGCAGCUGGAGCAGCAGGCAAAAGAUGCCUUGGGUAGCAUGAGCACAGACUCUGUCUUGGAGUACAACAGAGUGUCAAAGGCAAUUCGCAAGCUGCAGAAGUUAGUGCGGAAGAGGACAGUUCUCGUGCCCAUAAGAAUAUUGCAUGUUUUGCAGCCAGGGAGACUGGUCAACGUUGCCAAAUGGGGGUGGGGCAUGUGCGUUUCUGUGGUCAGAGAGGAAGGCAAGGGUUUCAAGAAGGACAGCUACAUGCUGGACACAUUGCUGUGCUGCAAAAAAGAUGAGAAUCGCGGCACAGCACAAGCGGAAUCUGUAGGCCAUGAUUCGCCCAAUUGCGAGCUCAACGUUGUUCCCGUGCCACUGGAAGCAGUUGAGGCGAUAAGCAGCCUUGUUCUGCCACUGCCGGAAGAUCUCUGCCCUGUCGAUGCCCGUCUGGGCGUCCUGCAGAGCCUCCGUUCGAUUCACGCUCGCUUCCAAGAUGGCCUCCCACUCCUGGACCCUAUCACGGAUAUGGGAAUCACCGACCCUGAGAUGCUGGCAGCUGUAAAAGAGAUACAGGAGCUGGAGACAAAGCUCUUGAAGAAUCCAGUGCGGCAGGAAAUGCAGUCCAAGGACUCUGAGAAGCACCUUAGGACCAAGGCCAAGCUCGAGGCCCAGGCAGACCAGCUGCGUGCAGACAUGCACAAGUCUCUGCUGUCCUCUUUUCGAGAGGAGGCGAAACACCGAGUCUCUAUCCUGGAGAAGCUUGGCCACCUCAACGCUGAAGGGGUCGUGCAGUUGAAGGGCAAGGCUGCAUGCGAGAUUGACACCGCUGAUGAGCUGCUCUGCACUGAACUCAUGUUCAAUGGGGGGCUGUCCGACCUGGACAAGCACCAGCUUGCAGCGCUGCUGAGCUGCCUGAUUCCGACGGAGAAGUCUGAGGAAGAAAUCAAGCUCAAGACGGAAUUGAGCGGUCCUCUCCACAAGCUACAGGAGACAGCUCGAAUGAUCGCAGAGGUUUCAACAGAGUGCAAGCUCAAAGUAGAGGCGGAGGAGUACAUCAGCAGCUUCAAGCCGUUCCUGAUGGAUGUCGUGUAUGCGUGGUCAAAGGGCGCCAGUUUCGCUGAAAUUUGCGACAUGACGGACAUAUUCGAGGGGAGUAUCAUCCGGGCCACCAGGCGACUUGACGAACUCAUGAUGCAGUUGGCGGAGGCGGCGAGGGUGGUUGGGGACGAGGACCUCGCAAAGAAAUUCCAGGAGAGCGACGCCACGCUCAAACGGGACAUCAUCUUUGCAGCCUCGCUGUAUGUAUGA